AUGUCGGAUCUCCUUCCGCCUUCACCCUCACCAUUUCCCAUCCCCCAACGACAUCCCAAACCCUCCGGCUCGUAUCCCCAGCCGAACUCCACCGCAUCCUCCUCAACCACCUCCCUCAACUCGCUCUCCUCGUACCCGAACCACUCCUCGUCGGACUUGCGCCUCGCGUCCACAGACCUCUCCUCCUCCUUCGGCUCACACACGCGCUCGCUCUCCCUCGGGGGCUCGCACGCGCUCCCCGUAGAUCUCGCGGGUCUCGCAGGCCCGCCGAUCCGCUCGCUCGACCUCGCGCCGCUCAUGCACUCGCACGAGGCGACGCACAGCGAGCUCGCGCGCACAGUCGACGAGCUGCAGCAGUGGAUGGCCGUCGUCGAGGCGGGGCUCACGCAGAUGCUCGAGCGCCCGAGCCAGGACACGAUCGAGGAGGAGCAGGAGGACGCGGGCGUGGGCGCGGGCGCGUACGAGCGCGGCUGGCGCGACGAGUUCGCGGACGGGCGGACGGUGAGUAAUAGUACGGUCACGCCUGGGUCGUUCUCGCUCCCGGUACCCUUCGAGUAGCCUGGCUGUCGUCGUCGUAUUUGGUAGUUUGAAUGUGUUUGUUAUCUGUAUUGUCGGUCGUGCCCUAGACGCUUCC